AUGGCAGACUUACUCAAGCUUGUCCUCAUCGGUACUGUGUUAUUGGGAGUGGCUCAUGGAGCAAGUCUAGCUGCUGCAUCGGCGACGGACUCGAACUGCACUACGACAAAUACAUAUGAUGUAGUUAGGUGUGGUUCGAUUAUGAAAGACUUCGUGAAGGAAAUUGAUGAGCUCGACAUGAACGAUAAGGAUGAACUAAAAGAAUUCAAGAAAUCGUGUGAUACUGCUCUGAGCUGUUUGAACGGUUAUGCAUGCGUCGCAAACAGGAAGGAUGCAAUGAAUCAAUAUAUUGAGAAUAUCAAAAAUUACUGUGAGGCUGUUCAGUACGUCCACUUUGAGUUUUCCAAAUGUGGUGAUAAAUUGAAUGCAAAAAAAUCCCAAUGCUAUGAUGACUGGGACCCAAUUCCAAACAAAACUCAUUUGGAAACAGAUGCGGCAAAAAUUGAGAAAAUUAAGAAUGAUGCUUGUAAGACAUAUUUCGGAAAGGAUGACUGCAUGAAGAAAGAAGUUACGGAAACUUGCGGCAAAGAAGAGUGGGACUCCCUCCGCAAGCAAUUUGUACUGAUUUCUCGAGGACUUGUCAGCAAGUGUGACUUCAGCAGACUUGAUUAA